AUGUCCUUCAAGAUUGGAAGUGACAUUGAGCUUUCGUUUGAAGUUGAAGAAUAUUCUGUAGUCUUAGGACUACAUGCGAAAGGAGUCUACGUGACUGAAAACACAUCGGUCGAAAGCGAAUGGUUUGUUCGGAUUUUUGGGAGCAAGCCACGUUCUGUAACCCGCGGCCAGGUGUUGCAGAAGCUGCACCUGAGUGCGAUUGGUGACUACGCGUGGGGACCCGCGAGUCACCGUUAUCUGUUGAAGUCUAUAAGCGACUUCAAGUCCGGGAAAAAAUAUUUGACAGGCUGCACCGCGGGUUUGUUGGCUUGGUUCAAUGAGAGGGUCCCAACUCUAGACAAGGCACGGUGCCUUCCGAAGGUACCGCGUCUCUUUCGGUGGCUGAAUAGCCUCGGUCCAAUGUCCAGGGUUCAUGCAGUUGGUGAAUUGACAUCCCUAAAGCGGUUAGAUAUUCAGGAAUUCUAUCGGAUAGGCACGGAAGAAAAGUUUGUUCGUGCAAUUUGCCAUGCUUCAGAGGAAGCAGCUCAGCAAAUUGCGGCAUUGAAGGUGGAGCUGCGGAAGAAAGACACUGCAAUUGCCAGACUUGGUCAUACAUUGCAAAGAUCUAGAGCCGGUGUUGUCGAUGACGACAGUGAAGGUGAGGGUGAGGACGAGAGCGAUGGCGAGGAUGGUGAUGCAAACUAUGGGGAUGAGGAGACAACAGACCGGAUGGCUGUGGAGUCAGAGAGGAAAGAUAAGCAGGCCGACAUGGAGGAGAAACAGGGUCAGGAGGAGGAGAGUCAGGGUCAAGAGGAGGAGGAGGAGAAAAAAACUGGGGAGGAGGAGAGUCAGACUGAGGAGGAUCCCGAGGAGGCAGCGGAAGAGCGAGCAAAUACCGAGCGACGAAGCAAAAAAGAAAUGGACAUCCUUUUGGCCGAAGUUGAUCCGAUAAACGAGUCAGAUGACGAAGGGGUUGGUAGCUUGCUAGAGUUUAACCAAUUGAUGGCCAUUGUUCCUUAUGUUGCACCGAUAGAUGUCAAGGGAAGCUAAUUAAUAUAGUAAGUACAAUUUGUAGGUCGUAGUUGUCUAUCUGUUGAAUGAUUAUUUGCUUUGUUGAAAUUGUAGCAGGCCGAUGAGUCCGACCGUGAGACUUGUAGCAGGGCCGCAGAUUCAUCGAUUGUACGUGGUGUAAUGGCACGUAAGGAUCGGAAGAGAAUGAAGAAGCCUGAAUUCGUGACACCUGUGUCGACACUGCGAAUUGAGAAAGCGAGAAAAACACGGAAGGCGAAAGGAAAGUCAGCGGUCGACGUCAAUAAUGAGCAGGAACCAUUUGUCGUCGGAUGGGGACUCGGAUGCUAAGGUUGUAGCAGACCCUGGAGUACAAAAGUGGGAGGGAUAUCGCAAUAACGACAGCUACUGUGGAAAUGGUACCUUAUCUGAGGAUGAGACGAACACCAUUGAACAUUUUCUCGCGUCAUUCGCCGUCCGGGACACUGUAUGGCAGCAGGGCGUCGUGUCUGUCUCGUCCGAUGCCGUUUUAGAACUACUGUUUGACGAAGCUGUGAAAGGCGAAGUCAUCGACGCGUACCUACAUCAUCUAUGCAGCAAUGAAUAUCAGCUCCAACACAAUCCGCAGGUGCGGUGUGGUUGUGUGCCAUGGUUCGUAGCGAAAGCCGUGAACGAUGCGCUAUCACGACCAAGCAGGGGAGCGAAAAAGCCGAGCAUCAAUAAGGGUAAUGUGCUCGCAUUUGCCAACUCGCUGCAAGUGACCGUAGGCCAAGAGAUUGCCGGAAUCAUGGACAAAAUCCGGUCUGGGUGCCGGUACAUAUUUCUACCCGUACACACCCGGUUCCACUGGCAUCUCUGAAUACUGGAUACCAUCAAACGUGUUGUGUUGGAGUGUAACUCAAUGCGCGACCCCUUCGGCCAGGGGAAUGCAAAGAAAUUGACGCGAUUUUCAUCGUUGUAUAUGAACGCGUCACGACUAUGGCCUAUGGUCAGCGACAUGCCCGAGUACAUUAGAUGCCGACACCAGGGUGAAACGUUGGACUGUGGACCUUUAGUCUGCAUGUUCGCAGAGUGUUAUGCGCGGGCAGGUCCAGAUGUCAAUGUCGUGGGCGUCCUCGGCGAGGACUUCGGCGAUGUCAAGAGCUACCGAGGCACGAUUGCGGCGAGGAUAUUGAAAGGUCCCCCCUUCUGAAACGUAGACCCCGAUGGAAAAAUAGGGCAGGUUAACACAUGUAAUGAAUUUGGAUUGAUUUGGGAAGUUUUUGCGUUGUGUGGCGAGGUGAUGGAUUUGUUGAAUGUCUUCAGUUUGGAUUGAUCUGGGAAGUUAUUGUGUUGUGUGGAGGUGAUGGAUUUGUUUAAUGUCUUCAAUUUGGAUUGAUCUGGGAAGUUAUUGCAUUGUGUA